CCAAAGGGAUAAAAUAAAAUAAAUAAUUACAAAUACUGUUCGAACAAACAAACAAGCCAACAAAACCCUAAGCUACUAAUCCUUAUAUUUCUCCUUCAAAUCCUCUCAACUCAGCUGAGUUGACUCGCUGCAUAUCAAAAAUUCUCCAUGGCAAUGGCAUCAACUAUAGCUUCAUCCGCGUGUUCUCCAACCUCUCUCCAGCUUCGAUUGGCAUUGAAUUGCAGGAAAUGUACAGGAUCAUCUCCUCCAGUUCCAUUACUACCUCGUGUCAGGAGCCUGGAGCGUCUAGUUACGCCUCUAGGAGGAGGAACGGGAGUCGAACGACGCCGUAUUACAAUUAUAUAUUGUGCUGCUCCAGAUAAUUUCUCUGGCUGGACUGAUUCCGAUGAGGUUGAUCAGUCUGCUGAGGCACCGCAAAAGAAAAAUUGGCUUCAAGGGAUGGUUGGAGCUGGAGCAGCUGGGGUCAUUAUAUUUGUAGGCCUUACCUUUGCGGCGUUGUCUCUAAGUAAACGAACUGCUUCGAGAACAAAACAGCAGAUGGAGCCAUUAACUGCACAGCAGGAAGUUUCAGUGUUGACUAAUGAUGAGGAUGGUAAAGUUGAGGAGAAUAAAAGUGAGGAAAGCAGUGAAAAGGGAGAAGAUAGUAGUCUAGAAUGCAAAGACAGUAUAGCUAUCAUUGAUAUUUCUUCAGCUCCGCUACUAGAUGAAACACCUAGGGAAAAUGAAGUUAACGAUAGUGAUAGGAUCUCAUCAGUAGACAAUGAAGGUUAUAUAAUUAGUUCUAGUGAUACUGUUGAUGAUGCUCGUGAUCAAGAGGAUCUGAAAUAUGAGUCGGCUUUUGCUGGUGAGUCGGAUGCUCAUGAAUUGGUUUCCAACUUAAGGGAUUUUUCGAGUUCUGAAUUUGCUGAAGUUGAGGAAAACUUGGUAAAUAUAGAACCUGCUGAUUCUUUGAAUGUGACAAAUAUUAUCACUGAUCAUCAAGAUGGAUUGCUUGGUUCACAAGAAAAUGAAAAUUCCACUGAGCCUUUAGUUGUGAGCACUUCAACAACUUAUUCAGUUUUGGUAGUCGAGAGUGCUUCCAAAGAUAGCACAGAGACUGAAGCUUCACUUUCAGCAGAAGAAAUCCUUAACACCAGCACAAUUCAGGCCUCAAACGAGACAGAUAAUUCAUCCGUGGAAGCAAAUUACUUUAAUGAAAGGGGUACUUCUCAAAUGGCAUCUCUUUCAGAAUCAGCCUAUCCAUUUGCAGAGACAAAAAAUGUAGUUGCUAAUGAUGAAUUGAAUGUGAGUAAAACAUCUCUAGAAUUACCUCCUUUUAGUAGCUCCUUCUCUUCUGCUGGUAUACCUGCUCCAUCUGCAGUUCCUGAAGCCCUGCAAGUUCAUCCUGGAAAGAUUUUAGUUCCUGCAGUUAUUGAUCAGACACAGGGACAAGCACUAGCUGCACUGCAAGUUUUGAAGGUUAUUGAGGCAGAUGUUCAACCUAGUGAUCUAUGUACACGUCGAGAAUAUGCUCGUUGGUUAGUGGCUGCAAGUAGUGCACUUUCAAGGAGUACGUUGUCAAAAGUGUAUCCUGCAAUGUAUAUAGAGAAUGCUACUGAAGUAGCAUUUGACGAUAUCACACCUGAUGACCCUGAUUUUUCCUCAAUUCAAGGCUUAGCUGAAGCAGGUCUCAUCUCAAGCAGGUUGUCAAAUCAUGAUUUGCUUUCUCCAGAUGACAAUCAAGGUCCAUUUUACUUCUCUCCUGAAAGUCCUCUAUCACGGCAGGAUCUUGUAAGUUGGAAGAUGGCUCUAGAGAAAAGACAACUUCCAGAAGCAGAUAAAAAGGUUUUGUACCAACUUUCUGGUUUUAGAGAUGUUGAUAAGGUACAUCCUGAUGCAUGGCCUGCACUUAUAGCAGAUCUGUCUGCAGGAGAUCAAGGGAUAAUUUCACUUGCAUUUGGUUGCACAAGAUUAUUCCAGCCACACAAACCUGUCACAAAAGCUCAAGCUGCUGUAGCUCUUUCAAUUGGUGAGGCUUCUGAAAUAGUUAAUGAGGAGCUUGCGCGAAUUGAAGCAGAAUCUAUGGCAGAAAAUGCUGUUUCUGUUCACAGUGCUUUAGUAGCCCAAGUUGAGCAGGAUAUCAAUGCUAGUUUUGAGGAGGAGCUUUCCAUGGAGAGGCACAAAAUUGAAGCUGUAGAGAAAAUGGCUGAAGAAGCAAGGCUUGAAUUAGAAAGGUUAAGAGCUGAAAGGGAAGCAGAUAAUAUUGCCCUCAUGAAGGAGCGUGCUUCUAUUGAAGCAGAAAUGGAAGUUCUGUCAAAGUUAAGACGUGAUGUGGAAGAGCAGCUGCAAACCCUUCUGAGUAAUAAGGUGGAGAUAUCUUAUGAAAAAGAAAGGAUAAACAAACUUCAAAAAGAAGCAGAGAAUGAAAAACAGGAGACUUCUCGGUUACAGUAUGAACUGGAGGUUGAGCGCAAAGCCUUGUCCAUGGCCAGGGCUUGGGCUGAGGACGAAGCAAAAAGAGUGAGAGAACAUGCAUUAGUUAUUGAGGAGGCUAGGAAUCGUUGGGAGAGACAUGGCAUUAAAGUGGAAGUUGAUAGAGAUCUCCGUGAGGAGAGCUCUGCUGGAUCUACAUGGGUUGCUACUGCAAAGCAAUUCUCUGCAGAAGGAACUGUAAGCAGGGGAGAAAAUUUGGUGGACAAGCUCAAGCUAAUGGCAGAAAAUGUAAACAGUAAAUCAAAGGAGAUAAUCCAUAAUGUUAUUCAGAAGAUACUCAGCUUACUGUCGAUGCUGAAGGAGUGGAUCUUGAAUUCAAGCAGACAAGCUAGCGAACUUAAAGACGCUGCUAUAUUGAAAGCCAAGGGAUCAGUAGAAGAGUUGCAGCAGAACGCGGCAGAAUUUAAUUCAACAAUUAAGGAAAAGGCAAAGGGUUCAGUACAAGGGUUGCAGAAAAGUACUGCAGAACUUAGAUUUGCCAUGACAGAUGGUGCUAAGCGGGUAGCAGGAGAUUGCAAGGAAGGUGUAGAGAGACUCACUCAGAAGUUCAAAUCAUGAAUGUGUAUCGUGCAACUUUUGUCUUACUGUCCCAAUAAUAAAAUAUGUCCUGCAAACGGCAAUGUAAUACUCGCCAUUUUUUGAGAGGUAUAAAUUAAUGUAGACCAUGUAAUAAUAAUUUGUUCUCAAUGUAAUGAAUAAAUUAUUAUGUCCCUGCAACAAGCACACUAUUUCUGCAGGUUAAGUUUGUAAUUCUUCGUUCUAUAUGGAUGAUUGUGCAUGCCCAAAUAAAGAUCAUUUUUCAUAA